CUGCUGGUAUGAUGCUUCGAAUUUUGAAAGCAAUUGGAACCACGACUCGAAUCGACUGGGCCCAAAUCACGCGGAGCAGAGUCCUCAUUUGCUGAAUCGAGUGAGUGAAUGUGAAGGGUGAGGUUCUUUCGCGGAUGCCACAUGAGCCGAAUACGAGUAUCAUACAGGAAACUCAAGCGAUGGCCUGAUUGGCUUUUAGUUAAAUUUUGCCGACUCAACCAACCAAGCAAGAAACCCAGUCAACGACCCCACUAUGAAUGCUGGACUAUAACCCCACCACCACCACGCCUCAGCAACCAUAAUUUUUUUUGCACUGCGGAGGUUCCUCCUCAAAGUCUACUUAUUAAUACCUUCAACACUGGAUAAUUAGCGAAAGAUAGCUACGCGAUGCCUACAGAACUUGUAGGCAUUCCAUUUCCCCGGCGGCCGUGACAUCCCCAGCUAACAGAACUGCAGGAAGAACUGGUGGGCUUCCUGGGAUCUCCACGGCCCGAGGUUCGACAGAUAGCAUUGGAGCACCUAGUGGGCUACAGUCAAGGUCCGCAAAACUCAAUAUUCAAACCGGAGGGCUUGAAGCCCAUCAAGAACCUGAAAGUUCUGGUGAACGAUAUAGCCGUAUAUCCUCUUCUUCCUGCCCCCCCCCCCACACACCCGGCACUAACGGAAAGACAAGCCCCGCGCAAAAAAUGCCCUCAAAAUCCUUAUAAACCUCUCCUCCGACCCCCCAAUCCUAGCAUCCCUAGCGGCAGACACGCCUUUCCUAGAAACCCUGCUUACGCAGAUCACCAAUCUUUCCAACCCAAAUGCGGACCUGGUCUCCAUGCUCUUAGCCAAUCUUGCCAAGUCCGAUUCCGUCCAGUCCCUCAUAGCGCUCACACGUCCGCUCCCGGCGAAGGAGGUCAGCACGAGCGAUAAUGCUAUGGAUCAACUCUUAGAUUUGUUCGUUAGGGGCGCGGAUAAGAAGCUGAACGAGGAGGCAUGUUUUGACUUUUUGAGCUACUUCUUCGCGGACGUUAGUCGCUUGGUGAAGGGACGGGAGUACUUUGUUGGGAGGAGGGGGUAUGAUGGGGUUGUUCCCAUUUCGAAGGUUAUUGUGUUCACCGAGUGUGGAAGUUUGGUGAGGAGGAAGGGGGUUGCUAGUGCUAUUAAGUGGGGUUUUCUUUUUUUUCCCUGCCCGGCGGGGUUCGUGCGCGUGGGAUGGAGGGGGGCUAACAAUGACGGUGGCGAUGCGGUAGGAAUUCAUGUUUCGACAUACCGUCGCACAGAACUUUCCUUGCAGAGGACGGGAUUAACCUGCUCCCGUAUAUUCUGCUACCGAUUAUGGGACCGGAGGAGUAUCCUGAAGAUGUACCUACACCACCCUCGUUACCGCCUCCCACCCCUGGAAUCUGCUGAUGGGUGAUAGGAAAUGCUCGAAAUGCCGCCCGAAGUCCAACUCCUACCUCCCGACAAGGAGCGCGAGUCGGAUAAGGAUAUCAUCGUCACGCACCUGGAAACUAUACUCCUACUCACCACCACACGCGAGGCCAGGGAGUACCUGCGCAGGGUGAAUGUUUAUUGCAUUAUCAGGGAGGUGCACAAACUUGUUGAGGACGAGAGCGUUGAGGAAGCGUGUGAUAGGAUAGUGCAGGUGCUUAUGAGGGAUGAGGAGCCGGAGGAGAAGAUUAAGGAGUCGGAAGGGGAAGAGGAUAGAGAUGAUGACGCUAUUGUUGAGAUUUUAUAGAAAUUGCUAUUUGGGAGGGGAAAAAGGUGUAGAUAAAAGUUAUGGUUUUACAGUCACAUGGGAGUUUUUUUUUUUUUGUUGGGGGAGGGGGCUGUAGGGAUUACAUGUUAAUAUGACUUUUAUUUUGCGAUAUAUGAUGGAUAAAUUAUGCUCUAUAGGUAUAUUGUGAGCCUUGAUAUUACCGGUAGUUAUUUUUUGAUACCCCAUACACUACGAGUCAUAUUUCAUGACUCUACAUUAAAACUGCAAGGCUAUUCAUUCCAUUCAACCUUCUUUCGAUAACGCCUCGCGGCAGUUGUGGAACCACUUUGUAUACUUAUCCUCCACACUCCCAUCUCUGCAAGAAACAAGGUCAAUCAGUUUUACAGCCUCCCCUUGAAACCUUCUUUGCGCCUCGACCUGUGUGUGGCUUCCCGGAUUAGCCUAUCCCCCAUCCGAGCAUGAAAAAGGGAAACAAAACUCACGGCUUCCCCAACCUCAUCCUCAUAAAAUCCCAUGCCAACAUCAUCCACAGCCUCACUAACCCCCUUAGCCUUCUCAACAACCUCCUCGAGUACCCCCUCCGCGACCACCCCUUCACCAGCCAACCUCCUCUUCCUUAUAGCCCCUAGCAAGAUCUCCAAAAGCCUAACCUUUUUCAAGGCAACCUCAACCAAACCUCUAACCACAACCACAUCCUCCCUCCUCCCCCCCACUGCAAUCGGCCUCUCCCAGAACUCCAGCGUGCUAUCCUCCCUCGCGGUAUCAUCGACGAACCCUUCAUCCUCACCUUCACAAACUUCCACAACCCAAACCCGUAACUCCCCCGCAGCAUCUGAAAUAAGUGCUUCGUAACUCUGCACCAAUUCCGCUACGAUACCAUACGUCCCCAGUGCCUCUAGCGCGAUCAGCGCAUCGCAGGAUGACCAGAUCGCGCCGGUGCCGGAGAGUCGGUCCCUGUUUGCUUCGCCAUCGCUGAAGGAGUGGGCUAUCGAGGUGAAGAGGUCCUCAACCCUUUGAAUAAUGCAGCGGCGUAGGGAUGAGAUUUCGGGUAGGGCUUGGAUUGCUGGGAGGUAUUGUGGGAUUAAGUUGGUGAUUUCUUGUAUGCUUUUUGAGGCUGCGGGGUAUAGUAGGUUUGGGGGACGGAGGGCGAUGGAGAGGUUCGUGCUGUGCGCGCGGAGGAGUGUUGAAAGGUCUUUUAGGAGGGGGUAGGGUGCUAUUGUUGGAGCAGUGGUGGUACUGGAAGGAGGAGGGGGAACUGGGACGUAGAGGAGGGGGCGAGUUUGGCUAAUUAGAGAUUUUAGGGUGAUGAUUUCUGAGGCGAGGGGUUUUAAAGCCAUUAUUAUUUUUGUGUUGCUGUGGUGGCGGGUUUAUAAGGUGGUGAAGCCUUUCUUGGUGGGGGUGAAUU